CAAACAUCAAACUGAUAUACAGUUACACAGACAAGAACAAUAAAAAGUAAAACAAACCCAUGAACUUCAUGACUUUGACUUUUCUUAUCUCCUUCUGGUUGUUCCACCGUCACUGGUUUAACGUUAAAUUCUGUCAUCAACUACCAAAUUAUCUUUUCCUCUUUCACACAUUCCCCUUUUCUUUUCCCUUCUCUAUCGCUAUUUAUUGCAUUGUUAAAAAAAAAAUACAUAUCUUUUCCUUCGAGUCAAAGAAAAGAAAAAAAAAAACGUAAUUGCAAAAAAAAAAAAAACUAACAGAAAAGGGAAAUUUUCAAAUAAAUUAGGGUUUCAAAUUUCUUGUGUUGCUGCAACAUGAUGGUAUCAGAAUCAUUACCACCGUUAUCGUUAUUUUCUGGAGGUGUAAAUAGCAUCACUGUGUCCAAUUUUCUCUCGUGGUGAUUCUUCUGAGCCCGUGAUCAUGAUUCCUUGUACGAGCAUUCGGUUACGGGCUAAUUCUGGUUCUGGAUACGAGGAAGUUGUGAUCGGAAACGGUGGAGAGGGAGAUCGGGUUGAGGAAUUGAGCUGUAAUGAGGUGAUUGGUGGCCGUGGUUUGGUGUUGUCCGAGGAGGCUCGCCGUGCUAUAGCGGAGGAGAGGGUUCCUCUUGUGUCUUUGGCCGAUGUUGUCGGUGGUGGCGGUGGUGGUAGGGGUGGCUCCUCCAGUCACUCGAGGAUUGAUUUUCAGCGGAUUGUGAAGCUUGUUGAACAGAUUCUUCCUUUCUCCCUCUUGUUGUUGGUUGUUUUGAUUCGCCAGCAUUUGCAAGGUUUCUUUGUCACAAUCACUGUAUCAGCUGUAAUGUUCAAGUCAAAUGAAAUUGUUAAGAAACAGACUGCUCUAAAGGGAGAUCAGAAAGUUUCUAUUCUUCUUGGUGUCGCUUUUUCCUUCAUGCUGUAUGUGACAUGCAUUUACUGGUGGUAUCGGAAUGAUGAUAUUUUACUUCCACUGGCCUUGUUUCCACCAAAAGCAACACCACCUUUCUGGCAUGCAAUAUUCAUCAUUUUGGUUAAUGACAUUUUGGUGCGGCAAGCGACAAUGGCUUUCAAGUGUUUGUUGCUGCUUUACUACAAAAAUGGCAGAUGCCAUAACUUCCGUCGACAGGCUCAAAUGUUAACUCUGGUUGAGUACACACUGCUGUUAUAUCGUGCUUUCUUGCCAACACCAGUUUGGUACCGAUUUUUCUUUAACAAGGACUUUGGAAGUCUCUUCUCAUCAUUGAUCACAGGAUUGUAUAUAACAUUCAAGCUAACAUCUGCAAUUGAGAAAGUCCAAUGUUUCAUUCGUGCUUUAAAAGCGAUGUCAAGAAAGGAAGUUCAUUAUGGGGUUUAUGCCACAACAGAACAGGUAAGUGCUGCUGGUGAUCUUUGCGCUAUAUGCCAAGAGAAGAUGCAUGAUCCUAUCCUGUUGUGCUGUAAACACAUGUUCUGCGAGGAGUGUGUAUCUGAAUGGUUUGAGAGAGAAUGGACUUGCCCGUUAUGCAGGACAUCGGUAAAACAUGCUGAUCUGCGGACCUUUGGAGAUGGAUCAACAAGUUUGUUUUUUCAGCUGUUUUGAUCUUGCUUGGCUUGAAUCAUAUUUUUAAGCUAAAAUCAGCCUACCAAAUAUCAUGUUAGUGCUUUGGUUUGGUAAUUAUUUUCCAUGAAUGGAUUCCAUGGAAUUGAUAUUGAAGAAAAUAAUAAUAAAGAAAAAAACAUUUAUGGCAAUUAAAAUUUAUAUUUUUAAAUUUUCUUCUACCCUUAUAUUAUCUCUCCUCAAGAAAACUGUAGAGAUAUUUUCUUUUUCUUUUUCAAUUAGACAUUUUGGACAUAAUUGUUCCUUAUAUUGAUUCACUCGGUAAACAUUGGUCAUCGGCUAAGUUAGGUAUAUACGUAAUCUAUUAUUGAGUUAAGUGUUUCCAUAUUUAAUAGAUUUUUUUUCCACGUAGUAUAGUGGCUUGAGUUCAAUCUUUAAAGAUGAAGUGACCCUGUAUCUAAUGUCCAUGCACAGCUACCAACUGAGCUGAUUUAACGGAACAAUAGAAUUACUUUUAAUUGACACAAAAUUUUGUCAAUCUAAAAUUCAUUUGACUCAGUUCUGUAACACGAAAAUACUUUUACUCAAAAACAAUCACUAAGAAAGUUUAGUUCUCUCAAGUUCAAUUUGAGAAGAAACAAAGUUGACACAAUUUUACAUCAAUGUAUAUGAUUUUAGGCUUUUAUUUUAUUUUCUCUCUUUUCGGGUCAUGUUUCUCUCUAGUUGG